AUGGCGAUGAUGAUGACUGGCCGUGUGCUGCUGGUGUGUGCCCUCUGCGUGCUGUGGUGCGGUGCCGGCGGUGGUGGAUGUUCUGAAACAACUCAAGAUCCUCCGGGUGGUGCGUCUCAAGCCGGCAAUAAUCCUGCUAGUGGUUCUGGAGUUACCGGCAAUGCCAGCGGUCAUACGGUGACCGGUGAGGCGGAAGUGGUUUCCUUACAGCAAUCACGGCUGGACAACGUUGGGAAUUCCGCAGCCGGGUCCCCGCAAUUGCAAGCUGCUUUAGAGCCUGAAUCACCAACGGAGCAGCCACAAUCCGACCCCGAACAUACGGUUCCAUCAACACAUUCACAAUCAUCGGGCGAAGGACGGCAAGAUGGAACACCCGACGGUCAACCAGGGAAACCUGGGAUUUCACCCAGUCAAGAGGACAAUAAGGAUGUAUCAAUUGAAAAUCAACAGAGUAAUGAUCCGCCAUCUCAUUCGGGUAACGACGAUGUCGUCAGCCGUAAUAGUGGGGAGCGCACAGAAGAUGAUUCGAGGCGUGCUGAAACUCUUGUUGCCGCACCGUCAGAAGAGGGGCAGGAGCCUGAAAAUGUCACUCCUUCCUUGGAACAACCCUUGGAAACUUCCACAGCCGCACCGACCGCUACCACUCAAACAACUUCCAUGCAGCCGCCCGAAGAAAAUGCGAGCAGCACCGUCAAAAUGAAUGAUGCAGCACCACAUUCAACAGUCACCGCCAACACAAAUCAUACGGUGACACCUGCCGAAAAUGACAGCAGCACCGCGGUCUCCCACACCACCUCCCCUCUUUUGCUUCUUCUUCUUGUUGCUUGUGCGGCGGCGGCUGCGGUGGUGGCCGCGUGA